AUGGCUUUCAAAUUUUCUCCGCUGUUUUCAUGCCUCUUUCUCUUUACUUUAGCCAUUCCCGCUCUUAGCCAUAGAAAGAUUAAAGGGCAUAAUGAUGGACAAACAUCAGGAUUCGAGUUCCUUAAAGAUUUGCAAGGUUCCCACAAGGGUAAAAAAACAGAUGGCCUUCACCGGCUGAAAAACUAUCUUGAAACUUUUGGUUAUCUUAGUUAUCCUUAUUACAAGAAUGAAAACUCUGAUGAUUUUGACGACGCCCUAGAGUCUGCCAUCAGAACCUACCAAAUAAACUAUGAUAUCAAGGCCACUGGGAUUUUGGAUGCUGAAACAGUAUCUAAGAUGAUGACACCCAGAUGUGGGACGCCUGAUAUCGUCAAUGGAACUAGCAGGAUGCGAGCUGGAGGAAUAGACCAUACUCAUCAUGGAUCCAACUCCAUCCACACGGUCUCACAUUACAGUUUCUUCCGAGGUAACCCCAGAUGGCCAGCUUCUAAAAGACACCUCACCUAUGCAUUUGAAGCAAAUACACCUGCCGCUGCCAUCGGCCCUGUUGCACGAGCAUUCGGCACAUGGGCUUCAGUGACGCAUUUCACAUUCUCACAAGUUCAAAGUACAGCUGCUGCUGAUAUAGUUAUCGGUUUUCAUAGGCGCAAUCAUGGCGAUGGAGUGCCAUUCGAUGGUCCUGGUGGGGUAAUUGCUCAUGCUUUCGCCCCGACCGAUGGAAGGUUUCACUACGACGCAGACAAUAGAUUCUCCGUAGGGGCAGCAGCAGGAGCAUCUGACCUAGAAACCGUCGCUCUUCAUGAGAUUGGCCAUCUUCUUGGACUUCAUCACAGCUCAGUAGAGAAUGCCAUUAUGUUUGCCUUCAUCCCAACUGGUGCAACGAAGGGUUUGGAUGCAGAUGAUAUACAGGGAAUAAGAGCUUUGUACAAUAUCUAA